GCGAAGAGAUGGCACACAGUCUUCUAUACUCGGGAAUAUUAAAUAAAACAGUUUUAGCGAAUAAACGUCAUCCAGCCACAGCCCGGAUGUGACGUACGAAGACACCUUAUUUAUACCAGCGGAAGACGAGGUCGUCCUACAGAUAGACACGUGUGUGGCUUGUGUGCAUUACGGGUCAGCUUCAGUCCCAAAAACAAGAGCGUGUUGGAUUUUUUUGGGGAUCCAGCGCCGUUUUUUUUUCAGAAACCUGAGCUUUUUGCGACAUUUAAUGUCUUUAGGUGUCGUAAAGACUAUAUUAGUUUGAGGCUCCAAGGAGACCAUCACUCACCGGACUGUGUGCGUACCGGCUCACCGUCUUGAAAAACUGGACUCUUACCCUUCCUUGCGCUAUGGCGGACUAUUUAAUCAGCGGACAGACGGGCUACGUGCCUGACGACGGUCUAACCGGACAGCAGCUCUUCAACUGCGGAGACGGCCUUACCUAUAAUGAUUUCCUUAUUCUGCCUGGAUACAUUGACUUCACAGCCGACCAAGUGGACCUGACAUCAGCACUGACCAAACAAAUCACAAUGAAAACUCCACUGGUCUCGUCACCCAUGGAUACAGUCACAGAGUCUGGCAUGGCCAUUGCUAUGGCGCUGACUGGCGGGAUUGGUUUUAUUCAUCAUAACUGCACACCAGAGUUCCAGGCUAAUGAAGUCCGUAAAGUCAAGAGGUACGAGCAGGGUUUCAUUACGGAUCCAGUGGUGAUGAGUCCUAACGAGCGUGUAAGGGACGUAUUUCAGGCAAAAGCUCGGCAUGGAUUCUGUGGGAUCCCGAUCACUGACAGCGGACAGAUGGGCGGACGUCUGGUCGGCAUCAUUUCAUCACGAGAUAUCGACUUCCUUAAAGAGUCAGAGCAUGAUCUGCCUCUCAGUGAGGUAAUGACUAAAAGGGAAGACCUGGUUGUAGCUCCAGCAGGAGUGACACUGAAAGAGGCCAAUGAAAUCCUCCAGAGGAGCAAAAAAGGUAAGCUUCCUAUAGUAAACGAGGAGGGUUGUUUGGUGGCCAUCAUCGCUCGGACGGAUCUGAAGAAGAACCGAGAUUUCCCACUGGCCUCAAAGGACUCUCGUAAACAGCUGCUUUGUGGCGCGGCCAUCGGAACACACAAUGAUGACAAAUACAGACUCGACCUGCUGGUGCAGGCUGGUGUAGAUGUGGUUGUCCUGGACUCCUCCCAAGGAAAUUCCAUAUUUCAAAUUAAUAUGAUUAAGUACAUAAAAGAGAAAUAUCCUAACCUGCAAGUCAUCGGUGGCAAUGUGGUGACUGCGGCUCAGGCGAAGAAUUUGAUUGAUGCCGGUGCGGAUGCUCUCAGAGUGGGAAUGGGCAGCGGCUCCAUCUGUAUCACACAAGAAGCUCUGUUCCAAAACCUAGCAAAGAUUGAUCCAAAAGCGCCUCUCAGUAUUCCUCCUGGUUUAAAGCUCCACAGCCCCAAAACCCCAACUACUGUUACGGGAUACUCCAUGCUAGCAUGCGGGAGGCCACAGGCAACAGCUGUGUAUAAGGUGUCAGAAUAUGCUCGGCGGUUUGGCGUGCCUGUUAUCGCUGAUGGGGGGAUUCAGACAGUUGGUCAUAUUGCUAAAGCACUUGCUUUAGGAGCAUCUACAGUGAUGAUGGGGUCAUUGCUCGCAGCCACUUCUGAAGCUCCUGGUGAAUAUUUCUUUUCGGAUGGGAUCCGUCUGAAGAAGUACAGAGGGAUGGGCUCACUAGAUGCCAUGGAUAAGAACUUGGGCUCACAGAGCAGAUACUUCAGUGAGAGUGAUAAGAUUAAAGUAGCUCAGGGAGUUUCAGGGGCUGUUCAGGAUAAAGGCUCAAUCCAUAAGUUUGUUCCAUAUCUCCUCAUUGGCAUACAGCAUUCCUGCCAAGACAUCGGUGCAAAGAGCCUCACGCAGCUGAGAGCAAUGAUGUAUUCUGGUGAACUGAGGUUUGAAAAGAGGACAAUGUCGGCUCAGAUGGAGGGUGGAGUGCACAGCUUACACAGCUAUGAGAAGCGCCUGUUUUAAAGAAGACAUUACAGAUGCCAGUACAUGCAUAGUCAAACGCACAUAAAUCGUCAUUAAUGGACUUCCACACGUGCUUUUGCACAUACAAACACACUGAGAACCUCAGCUUCCUCUUUCUCGUCUUCCCAGCCGCCUUUCCUCUUAGUGAAGAGAGAAACCGUGUGUGAAUGUCUAAGAGCAUAUGCCAGUUUUGCGUGAAUGUGUGCGUUUGUGUGGUUGUGGGGAACGCAAGCCGUCUGCUGUUUGUAUCAGAUGCCUUACAUGUCAAAAAAGAUGUUUUUGAUUGUAAUCAUUUGACAUUUAAAUGGAAAAUAUACAUUUUUUGCCACAGUUAUUUGUCGUCUUGAUUAAUAAAAUAUACCUGCAUAUGCAUCAUUAUAAGCAAUAAACAGUCAACAUAUUUUCUGUUCAGAAAAGAAAA